AUGGUGAAGGAAAUGAGGUCUGAGUAUUCAUCAUCAAACCCAUUUUCAUCACCAUCAUCAUUUCACAAACAUAAUCAUGUGUUUGUGAAGUUUGCAGUCUCUCUUCUGUUAGUGGGUUUGGCUUUUCUACUCUUCUUCUCCGAUUCGAUUCGAUAUAUCUCAGUGUUAGAGCCACUGCCACCUCCAGUUGAAACAGAGCAAGAAUCAGAGGAAACAGAGACCCCUGUUUCUUCUUUCCUUGCUCAAACGCCUAGUUCUCUUCCUCCUAUCGAUUUUCCUGCAACUAAUAUUACCCAAGAAUCUGAGAAUGUAAAAUGUGACAUUUUCACUGGAGGAUGGGUACCAGACCCAUCAGGGCCAAGAUAUACUAAUGAGAGUUGCCCUGAGAUAGAGUCUCAUCAGAAUUGUAUGAAGAAUGGGCGCCCCGAUUCGGCCUACUUUUACUGGAGGUGGAAUCCAAGAGACUGUGAGUUACCCAAGUUCAAUGCACAUAGAUUUCUUGCUCUAAUGAGGAACAAAUCAUGGGCGUUCAUUGGUGAUUCAAUUUCUCGUAAUCAUGUCCAGUCAUUGCUUUGCCUUCUCUCUCAGGUGGAACAAGCUGUUGAAGUAUACCAUGACAAAGAAUACAGGUCUAAGAGAUGGCUCUUCCCUUCUCACAACUUCACACUUUCAGUCAUCUGGACUCCAUUUCUCGUCGAAGCAGCUAUUUUUGAAGACAUGAAUGGAGUUUCCACUUCAGAGAUCCAGCUUUAUCUUGACAAACUUGACAAGACAUGGACCGAUCAAUACAACAACUUGGAUUAUGUAGUCAUUUCUGGUGGGAAAUGGUUCCUUAAAACUGCAAUAUACCAUGAAAACAACACAGUCAGUGGCUGUCAUAACUGCCCCGGAAAGAACUUAACCGAGGUAGGACUGGAACAUGCCUAUCGCAAUGUUCUCCGCCUGGUUUUCAACUUCAUCAAGGGUUCAGAUCAUAAAGCAUCUGUAUUCUUCAGAACCACCACGCCCGACCACUUUGAGAAUGGAGAGUGGUUUAGUGGAGGGUAUUGCAAUAGAACAGUGCCAUUCAAGGAAGGUGAAGUUGAUAUGAGAGAUGUAGACACCAUGAUGCGUAACAUUGAGUUGGAAGAAUUCGAGAAGGCUUCAGCCAAUGGCCCCGAAGAGGGGGCACGUCUAACGCUUUUGGACACAACACACCUUUCCUUGUUGAGACCUGAUGGGCAUCCAGGUCCUUACAGGCAGUUCCAGCCAUUUGCAAAGGAUCAAAAUGCCAAAGUUCAGACUGACUGUCUACAUUGGUGCUUGCCUGGGCCUAUAGACUCCUGGAAUGAUUUGGUGAUGGAAUUGUUGAUCAACGGCAAAAUAUAUCAAUGAUCAAACCCUUUUUUUUAAAACCUGGGCUUAUCAUUGAGCUCUCUAAAUUCUUAGCAAGAAUUAAGUUUAGUUACUGGCAAGGAAAGAUUUCUCCUGCGAAACGGCUUGCCAAGAAGAUUUGAAGUUGAAAAUGUAUAAACCGUAGCAUAUCAAAAAAUUAGGAUCUAUAAUUGACAAUUAUGAGUUUGGG